AUGGGAAAGCUCGAAACAAGUUCUGGUAUAAUAAAACAACUUUGGAAUGUGUAUACAAUUGAAAGUGAACUGGAGUCUGUUGUUGAUCGUGAUGUUUUUGUAGAAGUUGGUUGGAGGGACACUCCACUAAAUGAAAUUUCAACACCAUGGACUAAAAUAGACCUUGUGAUUUCUGUCUUAAAAGUUCACAUAAGCCCAAAGCUCUAUUCUGCCGCAAAGUCCACUCCAUCUUGCGGUCUUGGAAGCCUACCCCGGAAAACCAUAUCAAGAUUGAGCUUUGGGCAAAGAUCUUCAGAAGCUACACAUGAGUUCAAUAAGGUUUUGUCUUUAGCAUAUAAUCCAUCAGAAGAUGAAGUCAACAAAACCCAAUUGCUUUUUGGAUUAGUAAAUGCAGCAACAAUUCAUUUUGGCAUGCUUAAACCUACAAACAUUGAAAAUGCACUUAAGUUGAUAACUUAUUUGCGUAAAGCUGUAUGUGCUGAUGGCAUGCAGAUUCGGUCAUUGUUACAAUGGCAGCCAAUAAAAUUCAAUUAUAAAUUGAAAAUAGCACUGCUGAAACUGCCUAAUGAAGCAGUAAAAUUACGACCAUUCAAAACCAAGCACACACCGAUAGAUAAAAGGCCGAGAUAUGUUAUUGAGGAGGACAAGGAGAAGGAACUAUCAAAUGAAAUUUAA